AUGACAAAAAUUGAUAAAGAUGCUGUAAAUACCGCCUACGAGGAAGUUAGAGCAGACAACAGUGAAACCACUUGGUUCACAUUAAAAUUUAGUGGCACUACGAUUGAGCUGGAUGCCACAGGAGCUGAUUAUGAAGAAUUUCUGUCACAGUUUACACACGAUGAACGUAAGUUUGGCUAUGUACGUGUGCUGAUGGGAGAUGAAAUGAGCAAGCGUUCUAAGUUUGUCUUCAUAACUUGGGUAGGAAGAGAUGUUAGCGCCAUGCAAAAAGCAAAACUCAGUGUGGAUAAAUCAGUAGUGAAGAAUGUUAUUAAAAAUUUUGCCGUAGAAAUCUUAGCCGAAGAUCCAAGUGAUAUCUCCUUGGAAGCAGUGAAAGAGAAGCUUAGGAAAGCUGGAGGGGCUAACUACGGCACUGGAGUCGCCUCAUAA